GGGCUUUAAGCGGAGAGGCAGGAAGGUUCUUUAGCUCCAGUGAAGCACAGGCCAUUGAUGAUCUCCCAUCUCCAUCGUCCAAAGUCGAAUGAUAUCCAAAGAUUGGGAGACCUUGAAAUCUGUGUUCCCUCCGACAGAAAACUGUGCCAAUGGCCAGGUUGGAGUGGAGGCCCUUCCUGUCCCCUGUCAUGGGCACUGGAGUCCAGAUCACUUUAUUCAUGAUGAUCCUCUGGGAGGCAGAAGCGUCCAGCACUCCAGAUCCUGAUGCUCCUUCCAACCUCUCAUGUUUUGGGUCCUUCCAAUGUGCCCGUGGUAUCAUACUCCCAGUAUGGUACCCACAAAAUCCAUCCCUAGGAGACAAAGUCGCCAGGGCCAUUGUCUACUUUGUUGCGAUGAUGUACAUGUUCCUUGGCGUCUCCAUCAUAGCCGACCGCUUCAUGGCUUCCAUUGAGGUCAUCACUUCACAGGAGAAAGAGAUUACCAUCACCAAACCCAAUGGGGAGACCAGCAUAGCCACAGUUCGAAUCUGGAAUGAGACUGUGUCCAACUUGACAUUGAUGGCUUUGGGCUCCUCAGCCCCAGAGAUCCUAAUGUCGGUCAUCGAAGUGUGCGGGCACGGCUUUUUGGCUGGAGAACUGGGACCUGGCACCAUUGUUGGCAGCGCAGCAUUCAAUAUGUUUGUCAUCAUAGCUGUAUGUGUCAACUGUAUCCCUGAUGGAGAAGUUCGGAGAGUCAAACACCUGCGGGUCUUCUUCGUCACUGCUUCCUGGAGCAUCUUUGCCUACAUCUGGUUGUACCUGAUCCUAGCGGUUUUAUCCCCAGGCGUGGUCCAGGUUUGGGAGGCGUUACUGACUCUCCUCUUCUUCCCAGUUUGCGUGGUCUUCGCCUGGAUCGCUGACAAGAGGCUGCUCUUCUAUAAGUACGUCUACAAAAGGUACCGUGCAGACAAACGCAGGGGAAUUAUUAUCGAGACCGAAGGGGAGCUUCCCAAAGGGAUCGAGAUGGACGGCAAAAUGAUUCUGGAACACGGAGACGGUGUUCUCCCUGACGGAACCGUGAUCACUCUGGAAGCCAAGGACCUAGAUGAAAGUCGAAAGGAAGCCAUUCGGAUCCUUAAAGACCUCAAGCAGAAGUACCCGGAUCGAGAGCUGGAACAACUGGUCGAGAUGGCCAACUACUACGCCUUGCUCCAUCAACAGAAGAGCAGAGCCUUCUACCGCAUUCAAGCUACCAGGAUGAUGACUGGCGCGGGCAACAUCUUGAAGAAGCACGCAGCAGAUCACGCCAAGAAGACGACCAACCUCAACGAGGGGAAGUCGGAGCCCGACGAAGACCUGUGCAGCAAGAUCUGCUUCGAACCGGCCAACUACCAGUGCCUGGAAAACUGUGGGCUCGUCACUCUCACCGUGGUGUGUAGAGGUGGGGAGCAGAACAGUACCUUUUAUGUAGACUACCGGACGGAAGAUGGCUCAGCCAACGCUGGCUCGGACUAUGAAUACAGCGAAGGCACCUUGAUCUUCAAGCCAGGGGAAACUACAAAGGAAAUCACAGUGGGCAUCAUUGACGACGACAUAUUUGAGGAGGAUGAGCAUUUCUUUGUCCGCCUGGGGAAUCUCAGAAGCGGUGACGCCGAGGGCAUGUUUGACUCCGAUUCGAACAGCUUUCCCAAGGGUCGCCUCGUCUCACCCUUGACCGCCACGGUGACGAUCCUGGACGAUGACCACGCGGGCAUCUUCACCUUUGAAGACAAGGUCUACCACGUCAGCGAGAGCGUUGGCAUGAUGGAGGUGAAGGUCCUGAGGACAUCUGGAGCCCGAGGGACGGUCAUCAUACCGUACCGUACGGUGGAAGGCACGGCCCGGGGAGGUGGAGUGGACUAUGAGGAUGCCUACGGGGAACUGCAAUUCUUGAAUGACGAGACGGUGAAGACCAUCCAGGUGAAAAUUGUGGAUGACGAGGAGUACGAAAAGCAGGAAAACUUUUAUGUUGUCCUGGAGAAGCCCAGAUGGAUGAAACGUGGGAUUUCAGCUCUCUUACUGGCCGAAGAUGAAGAUAAUAAAAAGCUGACAGCGGAGGAAGAGGAAGCUCGGCGCAUUGCGGAGAUGGGAAAGCCUAUCCUGGGGGAGCAUUCCAAGAUGGAAGUCAUUAUUGAAGAGUCAUAUGAAUUCAAGAGUACGGUGGAUAAGCUGAUAAAGAAGACAAACCUGGCUCUGGUGAUUGGCACGCAUUCGUGGCGGGAGCAGUUUAUGGAGGCCAUUACCGUCAGUGCAGGUGAUGGCGAAGAGGAAGAUGAUGCCCGGGAGGAGAAGCUGCCAUCUUGUUUUGACUACGUCAUGCAUUUUUUGACCGUUUUCUGGAAAGUUCUCUUUGCCUUCGUCCCUCCCACGGAGUAUUGGAAUGGUUGGGCCUGCUUUGUCACCUGUAUGUGCGUGAUCGGCUUACUUACAGCUUUCAUCAAUGACCUCGCUUCACAUUUCGGCUGCACGGUGGGGCUGAAGGAUUCUGUUACUGCUGUGGUUUUCGUGGCCCUUGGCACCUCUAUACCAGAUACUUUUGCCAGCAAGGUCGCAGCACUGCAAGACCAGUAUGCAGAUGCCUCCAUUGGGAACGUAACGGGAAGCAAUGCUGUUAACGUGUUCCUGGGCAUUGGAGUGGCCUGGUCUGUUGCUGCCAUCUACUGGGCUUCGAAGGGAAUGGAGUUUCGCGUGCACCCUGGCUCGCUGGCUUUCUCGGUCACACUCUUUACUAUCUUUGCCUUUGUCACGGUCAGUGUUCUCCUGUACAGAAGACGACCACACAUAGGCGGUGAACUCGGAGGUACGCGUCGCGGAAAGCUCAUCACCUGCAGCAUAUUUGUGAGCCUUUGGCUGCUGUAUGUUGUGUUUUCAGCCCUGGAGACCUACUGUUACAUUAAGGGUUUCUAAACUGAGAGGCUUUCAUCUGUCCACGAAGAAGGAGCUCCUGCCAGAGCUGCUGAAGAGAUCCAGAGGCAGCCUGCCAUAUUCCAAACCCAGAAAAGGCAUUUUCUCAGCCCGGAUCAUAAACCAGACCUUUACUGGCAAAGAAUAAAAAGAAAGGCAAAAUUCUAUCUGUUGAGUUUGUGUGUGUUUUUUUUUGCCUUACCAAAAGGUUCUAACAAUGGCUGUAGCCAGCAGCCAAAACAUCAAGAAACCACCUGAAAUCAUUUUUUUAAAAAAAUUCUAGAUGGAUUUAAACUUUUUUUUACAUCUCCAAACUGAGCUUGCUACAUUCGGAAUGUUGAGAAAGAGUCUGCCGUUGAAGAUAAGUUUUCGUAUUGUGUAAAGCAAGCGGCUACCAACUUUGGUCCACAAUAUUUAAGUGUCUUGUAUCGUUGUAAUAAUUCAUUUCACUGUAUAAGCUGUUCCAAUGCCUGUUCGCUUAAUUUGAACAGCAGAAAGGCAACUCAUGAGACUGGUCAUAAAUUAAGGGAGAAAAUCAGCACCUCACUAUGAGGGUGUAUACAGUAUUUAUUAAUGUGUACAAUAGACUAGGUGUAUGUUCGUCUUGCUGUAAAACCUGGUGUACAAUUUGCAUCCUGAUACCGUGUGUUUGUAAAAGUGGCAUACACACUUGCCCAACUUUUUCUAAAUUAGUGUAGAACCCAAAUUCAUGGUAACUUAUCCUGUGGCAAGAUUCA